AUGGACAGGACCCUCGUGUGCCACGCCCACGGUGCCGACCGCCCUCGGCUCCCUGUCGUACGUGAAGCUGGCGCUGUCCUUCGCGCCCCCGCCCAGGCAACUGAGCGUGCAACUGCGCGUGCGCACUCGGGGGCCCAAGGACGGCCUUCUGAUGCAGCUUUCCGCACAGCAUCGUCAUGUCAUGUUCACGCUUCAGGACUCAGAUAUAGGACCUCGACAAGUGUUCCACUUUGGAUCGAAGUGGACUUGGGAGUAAUAAUGGCUAAAAAGUGGUUCCAUAAUCCUCAGGACCAGAACCCCAGAACAGGAUGCAUUUUAUAUUCAUACCUCCGCGCUGGGGUGGCCUGCGCCUCCGUGUCGGGGGCUGGGUGGGCGACGCGGGCGGCGUGCGUGGAGGGGCGGCCAGUGGGCGACGGGGCGUGGCACACCGUCCGAGCGGAGCGCCAUGGGCACAACCUGCUGGUGAGCGUGGACGACGGCGACGGCUGGCGGAGGAACGAGUCUCUGGCGACCCUGGAGGUGGGGGAGAAGGCAGAAGGGCGUAACGCGACGCCGCCCGCGCCCCUCCACGUCGACAAGCACGAUGGGGUGACGCUCGGGGGCCUGCCGGAGUUCGUGGGCGUCUCCCUCAUCGCCGUUCGAGACGACCUCAAGGACACGUGCCUGGAUGACGUUCGAGUAUCGGGCCGCCCCCUCCCCCUGCCCCCCUCCCUGAACGCGACCAAGUGGGGGCAAGUGACCACCUCAGAACACCUGGGUCGUGGCUGCCCUGCCGGCGACCCCUGCGCAGAUACCAAGUGCCCUGCGCCGCUCCUCUGCACCAACACCUGGCGGCAGGCGACGUGCAGCUGCGGCGGCGGGCGGCAGCAGGUGGGCGGGUCGUGCCAGAAUGUGAAUGAGUGCACGUGGGCUCCGUGCCUCCACGACGGCACGUGCUACAACCUCCAUCCGGGCUACCAGUGCGUGUGCGGCCCCGGCUACACGGGCGAGAACUGCCAGUGGGCUCACGACGGUUAUUCUGGGCUGCCGAUCUCUGCUCCAGCUGCCAUCGCCGCAGUCACGCUCUCGUUCUUGCUCCUGGUGGUGGUGGGCGUGGUGGUGUCCCUCCGCCUGCACCGGCACUGGAGGAGGCGUGAGCGCAGGGACGAGCCGCCGGGAGACACAAGCCCGGAGGAGGUCGUGAAGGGCGUGAAGGAGAGUCCGACCACGAGGCUGGCCCAAGACGUCGAGCAGGAGUCGUUCUUGGAGCGUCUGAAGAUCAAGGCUUCUCAAGCACAGCCUGCCUUACAAAAAACAGGCGAGAAAACCGAAGCACCGAAGGGAGGCAGUCCGUGUACUACCAUGGCCGGCAAAGUGACAGCGAAAGGAAUCCUAUGUGAAGGCAAGGGCAAGAACUCUGGCACUGUGCCGGAGCCUCUGCUGCCUCAGGACGACCUCCGUGCAUACGCUUAUGAGGGCGAUGGCUCCUCCGCGGGCUCUCUGGGCUCUGCUGUAUCAGGCCUUCGCUCGGAGGUAAGUGACGAAGGGGGUAUCAGACCCCUCGUCUCGGACUUCCUAGAGGUGAUGGACCUGCUGAGGAAUCUCCCGGACAAGGAGAAGACGUCGACGAGUGAUUCCAAGACUCCGGCAGGAGGCGAGGCCGUAAGAGGCAGUCCACCCGCGCCCACGCUCUCAAAAUCUCCGAGCAAACCUACAGCCUCGCCCGCGAAGAUACGACAGUCGUCCCCCGGCAACAGUGAAAUGACGACUGCCUGCUGAUCGCCCACUGAGACGAAAUGGUGCUUCUUGCGAUUUUCUUGUGACCAACCCUUUAAAGUGUAUGUGAAAAGAAAAAAAAAUGGUUGUAAAGUUACAUAAAAUGUAAUGGCGUAUCUAAAUUACAUUUUCUUCUUGGGAAAACUAUCAAGUGUGCGUAUGUUUUUGUGUACAUGGAUAUAUGUCUAUGUGUGUGUGUGUGUGUCUAUAUAUAUAUAUAUA